CGAUUCCGAUUUUUUGCUUAAAUUUUUUCUUGUUCUCCGUUCGAUAGCUAAAACUUCUAUAGUUUUGUAAAACUUUACUAAGUGACCUUUUCUCCAAGGCUCUCUGCAUUUAUUUUCCCUUAUUUGAUAGGUAAAUAAUAAGUAAACUUAUUUUAAACAAUCCAACACGGAAAAGCACACAUAGACGAGAAGUGCUGACAAUGGCGGAAUCUGUGGAUAAUGGUGGAAAAUAUAGACGAGACAGGAGGAAGUUUGCCUUGAUCUCUUACAUCCUGACUGUAGUUUUUUUGCUUGUUGCUUUUGGAGAAUGGUGCAUGUUUUAUUUUAUAAAGGCGGCUAAGGACUUUUUUAUUCUCAAACCCUGGAUAAUGUCUAUUAUUUUUGUAAUUGGACUAAUACUCCUCGUUCUGUUCAUCUUCUUUGAAGUCCUGCGGUUUAAUUUCAAGAUCAAUUGGCUCUUUGCACUGCUGAUUUACGAAUGUGUUGUCCUUGGCGUUGUCCCGCUGGUGGUUCGCCAGCAGCUUAAUCCGUUUCUGAUCAGUUUCGGUGUAUGGACUUUUGCUCUGUUGGUCUUUGUUGUAUUCGGCACUUUAAUACCGUGUGACCUGACCCUAAAUGUCGUGGUGUUAUAUGUACUUGCUGUGACGUCCAUUAUCGGCGCUAUAUUCUUUCUUAUGCUUUAUAUCGUGAUUAAUAUCCCAUAUUCCUUCAUUGUCGUUUGUUUCUUCAUUGUUCUGAGCAUAUGUUUGUUCGUAAUGUAUCACGCACAGAUUAUUAACGGAGGACGAUUUGCAGAGAUGCGCACGAAUGACUAUUUUUUAGCAGCACUUAUUUUGUUUCUAGACUUUCUUCUUAUGUUUCUUUUCUCAUUCCAAAUAGCCCCAAAAUGGUCAGACGAAUGUGACGAAAAUAAUUGGAUAAAUGGAACAUAUACCAAUAGUACCACCACCACCACAUCCGCAUAUAAAUUACACAUUGCCCAACACUAGAGCGUCUUUG